AUGGAUGAGAUCCUUGCCAAAGCAGGUUCACAAGCUGUUACAUUUGCUAUAAAAUCCGGAAUAUCGAUAGCAUCGACAUAUGCGCUAAAGACAAUAACAAACUUUGUCAUCCAGAUUCCCAAGGAUGACGCUAGAAGGAUAGAUCAGUUGAAAGUUAAACUGGAAAGUCGCAUGGCUAUUGUAUCCAGCGCCAUUGACCUAAUAAAAUUGGUAGCAGCAAGGGGGAACACGAACUUACAAAUAACUUUAAGGUUAACCAAGGAUUUAAAAGAAGAAAUCGAUAGGUUUGAUGAAGAGAUCAGUGAAAUGACGCUAAAAGUGGAAGGCUCAAGAAGUGCAAAAACCCAAAAUGCAGCUAUUAAAGCGGUGGAAAACUAUAUAAAGGACUUGUUAUUGAGGAUAGAAGAAAUCACUCCAUUUAUUAAUCUUUCUCUAACCACUUCUGGUGCCAACUUAAAUAGUGCACUUCCUCACCAAGUUUCUCCAGGUUUGUUAUUAAAGGCUUCCGAUUUUGUUAGUGAAAACAAUAGAAAAUAUGUAAGUGUACUAAAAUGCAGUGAUGAACGAACGAGGGACAAAGAAGACUUAAAAGUUCAAGUGGGGCCUACCUUUGAAGUUACACUAUUCUCUAUUUUUUAUAACUUAACUUCAGAAAGCAACGGACAAUCAGGAAUUGUUUGGAAAGAAGACAUGAGAAGGGCCAAAGUAAGAAUAUAUAGGCAGGAAUACACAGGAAAGGAAUAUGACUAUUUUAUGAGAGUAGCACAAGACUUUAACGAUGGCAGAUAUCAUGAAGUUGAUGAUAAAGAAGAUACACCACAGGAACUUACUAUAAAUCUGAACCAUAUAAAGAAACUAUUUUUCAGUGUAUCUGGCAAGCUACUUCGAUUAGAGGAACAGGAUUCUCCAGUAUUGGUCUUGAAAAUUGACAGGCACAAUGACAAAGAGAACGAUACUGGAGAAGCAGAAAAAGGACCAAUUGAGGAUAUUACUUGGUAUGCGGUAAGUGGGUAUGAAGGUAUGGAGGAAAAUGGAGAAGAGGAUGAAGAUGAAAAUGGAGAAGAAGACAGAGAGGAAGUGGAGGAGGACGAAAAGGAACAAGAGGAAAAGCAAGAAGACAGCGCGUUGGAGGAUAAAACUUCAUCGAUCACCCUACUCGAGUACAUUAUCCGGCUGACGUCCUUGCAGAGUAACGAUCAGAAAAGUAUAUUAGAGGUUAGCGAUGAAAGACUAUCUAUAUAUUUGAAUGAUGAAAAUACCAACUCUAAAAGGGAUGGAAUUAGCGAUUCCACAAUCAAAGAGGCAGAACAAAAAUUACAGAGCUUAAAACUUUGA